UCCGUAAUUACCGCCAUUGCCGAAAGCUUCUUCUCUUCUCUAUACUCAACCAAAAAAAGAAAAGGAAAAACUUCUCUUCUCUCCUCCAAGCUUCCCAUUCCUUCUGAGCCAUGCUCUCCUCCCUCACCGUCGUGACGUCGCGUGUCAACGUCUCGGUAACACCUGCCCUGGCGCGCUCGUAGCGCAGCCGCACGACGGCCCGCCGGCAACCCGACCUAUGCUCCCCGACCAGUCAGGCAUUGGCUGACCCCCAACUGCCUCACACUAACUAGCCGCCGCUUGUACAAAGACACUGCCGCAAAGCUGAAGAAGAAUAAGGAGAGAGAAAGAGAAGAAGGAUUCCCGCACGUUUGCCAAAUCGGGCCGCCGUUGCUUUCUCGUCGCCGGAGAGGAAUUUUAGCCUCGGCGGCGUCCAGCUCUUUUUAGUAUUUCUUUAAAGUUUUUUGUUUUGGUUGAUCCUUUUUUGGAGUGGAUUUCACUGUUUGCGGGCGAUGGGAGUGGUGGAGUUCUCGGUGCUGGGGGCGGUUCAGAAGUUUCGAUCCCUCAUCACCGGCUCCACGCCCGCCGCCAACGAAGAAGCCCGCCAGGCGAGCGCACCACCGUCGCCUGCGACACCGCCGCGCAGCGGGGGCGUAUCUCCGGUGGAUUCGCCGCCCCCCGCAGCGAGAUCCGGAGGCAGGCGUGCCAUCGCUCUCCGCCGCCAGAUCUCUUCGCCACAGCCUCUCCGCUGCCAUGCUGUCAGGCGAGCAGAUGGCGAGGAUAAUGACGGGCCUGGGAAGUUUUUCACCCCAGGGAAUGACUGCUUAAAUGAACUCUCAGACACUGACUCUGUUAGCGAGCUCAACCGAUCUUUGACCCUAAGCCCCUUGGAGAGCCCGACCUGGAUGGCCUGGCAGAAUAACGGCACACAAACUUCUAGGAGAAAUGGCCGUUUCAGUUUGGAUUCUCUUGAUCAUGGUACUAAGCUAAACGGUACCAUUGCUGAAAAUAGUGGGGAAAGCGACACAAAUAAACAUCAAGUUGAUUUUGAUGCCAAUAUUUGGCGUCCACCACCGCCGGAAGAUGAGGGUGAUGAUGCCGAGUCGAGAUUAUUUGGAUUCGACGAGGAUGAUGAUGAUGGGGUUGAGGAGUCAAGCAAUCUUCUUGCCCUUGGCUGCUUUAGCACAAACAAACUGGUUGGUGUUGACAUGGUCACAGAUAUAGCCCAAACAGAGGGUGUGAGGAAUGCUGUACUAGGCCAUUUUCGAGCUCUUGUGGCUCAAUUACUGAAUGGAGAAGGUAUUAGUGUCGGAAACGAUGACGGAUGCAUAAGUUGGCUUGAGAUAGCGUCCUCCUUAUCCUGGCAAGCUGCUAGUUAUGUGAGACCAAAUACAAAGAAAGGUGGCAGCAUGGAUCCUACUGAUUAUGUCAAAAUCAAAUGUAUAGCAUCCAGGGAUCCGACUGAUAGCAAUCUUGUUAGGGGAGUUGUUUGUUCCAAAAACUUAAAACACAAACGCAUGAUGUCUGAGCAUAGGAAUGCGAAGUUGCUCAUUUUAGGGGGAGCGCUUGAGUACCAAAAGGUCACUAAUAGAUUAGCAUCUAUAGACACUAUACUUGAACAGGAGAAAGAGCACCUGAGAACGAUUGUCAGAAAUAUAGAGUCUUUGCAACCAAAUGUGCUGCUAGUUGAAAAAAGUGUCUCAUCGUAUGCCCAGGAGCUCUUAGCAAAAGGAAUUUCAUUAGUUCUAAAUGUUAAGAGGCCACUCUUGGAGAGGAUAUCAAGAUGCACAGGAGCACAAAUUGCCUCAUCAAUUGAAAAUAUUUCUUCAGCUAGGCUAGGCCAGUGUGAAAUGUUCAAGGUGCAGAAAUAUCUGGAAUUCCCAUCAGGAAAGCAGACAAACAGGAGAUCAACUAAAACGCUGAUGUUCUUUGAAGGCUGCCCAAGGCGCUUGGGCUGCACAGUUUUACUGAGAGGUCCCUGUCGAGAGGAACUAAAAAAAAUUAAGCGUACAGUACAACUUGCAGUCUUUGCCGCCUAUCAUCUGUCUCUUGAAACAUCAUUCUUCGCUGAUGAAGGCGCAACUCUUCCUGAAGGUCCUUCAAGGCCCGUGACAGAGCGGCCAGAUAUUCGAGGUGACACAGAUUGUUUUGCUGGAUCUGCUGGUGUUGACGUGCCUCAUAAACUUAAACAAGUACAAGGCGGUGAUUCACGGAUGUUUGAGGAAAUUUCUGUAUCACCUAGGUCAUUAUCUUUGAAUGAGGAAGGUGAAAGUUUCAUCUUUGAGCAUAGGGAAUCUGGAUCUCCUGUUGAGCACAGGGAAUCUGGAUCUCCUGUUGAUGAUUACUUACCCCAUGUAAUCGGUUCGUGCGAAGGGAGUAAAAUAUCUCCAUAUUUCUUGGAUCUUGAUCCAAGAACUUCAGGUAUUGUGAUGCAUUUUCAUGACUCUGCUUUGUUUUUCAUUGCAAACAAUAACCGUCAAGAUGUGGUACCAGGGAAGAAGUGUCAAGAUGUAGACCAUUGGAAUCAUAAACGACAUCAUGACUGUCCUGCAGGAGACCGUAAUGACCAGGAUGAAUUUUCUGGCAAAUUCUUUCCUACCAGUGACAACCAUCAGAGCAUCUUAGUUUCCCUGUCAAGCACUUGCAUUCCCAAAAGCUUGGUAUGUGAGCGUCCACAGCUCUUCCGCAUUAAGUUUUACGGUAGCUUUGAUAAGCCACUUGGGAGAUACCUCCGGCAAGACUUAUUUGAUCAGGCAUAUUGCUGUCCAUCAUGUAAAGAACCAUCAGAAUCACAUGUAAGGUGCUAUAUUCAUCAGCAUGGAAGCUUAACAAUUCGUGUUAGGCGGCUUCUGUCUCAGAAGUUGCCAGGAGAGCGUGAUGGGAGGAUAUGGAUGUGGCAUAGAUGCCUCAAGUGCGAACCUAAGAACGGUGUACCACCUGCUACGAGGAGGGUAAUUAUGUCAGAUGCUGCUUGGGGCCUGUCAUUUGGGAAAUUCCUGGAGCUAAGCUUUUCAAACCAUUCUACUGCUAACCGAAUUGCAAGCUGUGGGCAUUCUCUCCAAAGGGACUGUCUUCGUUUCUACGGAUAUGGGAACAUGGUGGCCUUCUUCCGAUAUUCUCCUGUUGAUAUUCUAUCAGUUACCCUCCCCCCCUCCGUAUUGUGUUUCAACUGUCGCAGUCCACAAGACUGGACCAAAACGGUGGCAGUUGAGAUAUAUGGCAAAAUGAAAUCCUUACACUGGGAGAUAUCUGAUUUUCUCCAUCGCACUGAAAAGAAUAUUCCAAGUGAGGAUGAACCGGUCAAGACAGGCAUUCAUAGGCAGAUAAUUGAGAUGAAGGAUUUGCUUAAAAUGGAAAGAAACGAAUGCGAGAUUUUGCUCUUACCAGUUAUUAGAGAUAGUAAUCACCACGUGCAGGCAUCAAUUGAUAUUCUGGAGCUCAACCGCUUGAGACGUGGUCUUAUUCUUGAUGCUUACCUUUGGGAUCGGAGGCUAUGUCACAUAGAUUCACUUAUUGAAACAAAUGGUUGUGUUUCAAAGAAUAAUCCUGCUACCGAAUUUCUCUUGGACAUUGGACUGAAGGAGUGGAAAACAGAUUUGCUUGAGGCGGACACAAAUAUUGGAAAACCCACUUGUUUGUUGCAGUCACCUGGAAGUCCAAGAAAACCUUUGUUAUCCAGAGAGGUCUGCUUCAGUGAUGACGAGUACAGUAUGUCUGGGAAAAAAUUGCAGAUUGGUCUAGUUGAUCAUCCUGGUGAUGAUACAGAAGAUCUUGACAAGGUCUUCAGCAAAUUCAAUGGAGAGAAAGAAUGGCCAUCCACUAGAGCUGCCAUUGGUAUGGAACCUGUUGAUAGGUUACCCUCACUCGCAUCUAUUUUUUCUGAUAACAUUGAUUUAGCUUGGACUGGAUCCAGUGAGUUACAGUAUGAUCUUCCACAAGAUUUCACCAAAGUUGAUGAAAAUGGAUCCUUUAAUUUGUUGGAUAACCCAAGUUACAAGAAUGCCCCUGUUAGAAUUCACUCAUUUGAUUCUACAGUAGCAUCCCGUCAGCGAGAACGCACUGGAUUAGCUCCUACUUCAUUGCAUCUAUCGUCAUUCAGAUCUGCUGAGUACUUCGGGGGUUUAACAAGCAUCACAAAAGAUCCAAUGCCAAAUAUAAGGAGGGCUUGUUCUCAAAGGUCACCUGGGGCCAUAGAGAAAUUAAAUGUUAUUCUAACUCGUUCACCCACACAUAUCUCAUCUGCUUCACAUAUGGUUGAUGAUGGGGCACGGCUGCUGCUGCCCCAGAUUGGCAAUGAAGAUGUCGUUAUUGCGGUCUAUGAUGAUGAACCCACCAGUAUUGUUGCAUACGCCAUGACUUCAAAUGAAUAUGUGCAGAAAGUCACACGAAAACUAAAUUCAACUUUGAGUUUUUCACAUCUUCCAAAUGCUACUGAGUUAAGCCAUGGACUUGAGCAGUCAUUGCCCUCACAAGAAGACAAUGUGGAUUCUAAGGGAACUCAUUUUAAGUUUUCUUUCGACGACGAAACCCCUCUUCCUGCAGAUAAUGCAAAGUUCUCUGUGAUUUGCUAUUUUGCAAAGCAUUUUGCUGCCCUUAGAGAUAAAUGCUGUCCAAAAGAUAUUGAUUACAUCCGUUCACUAAGUCGCUGCAAGAGAUGGUCUGCGCAAGGUGGAAAAAGCAAUGUUUACUUUGCAAGGACACUGGAUGAGAGGUUCAUAAUCAAACAAGUCACCAAGACAGAGCUGGACUCUUUUGUGGAAUUCGCUCCUCAGUACUUCAAGUAUUUGAUGGAAUCCUUGACGUCUGGUAGCCCAACUUGCCUGGCAAAAAUAGUAGGAUUAUAUCAGGUUAAUGUCAAGGGCUUGAAAAGUGGGAGGGAAGUGAAGAUGGAUCUAAUGGUGAUGGAGAAUCUUUUCUUUGAAAGAAAGAUACCUAGGGUGUAUGAUCUGAAGGGUUCAUUACGCUCUCGUUACACAUCCGGUGAUAGUAAAGUCUUGUUAGAUUCAAACCUCAUAGAGGCAUUGCAUACAAAGCCUAUAUUUUUAGGGAGCCGGGCAAAGCGAAGAUUGGAGAGAGCUGUCUGGAAUGAUACUUCGUUUCUUGCGUCAGCGGAUGUCAUGGAUUACUCACUUCUUGUUGGAAUCGACGAGGACAAGAAAGAACUCGUCAUCGGCAUCAUCGAUUACUUGCGCCAAUACACCUGGGACAAACAGCUCGAGACUUGGGUGAAGGCCUCUGGCAUCCUGGGAGGCCCCAAGAAUGAAGCCCCCACCAUUAUAUCCCCGAUGCAGUACAAAAAGAGGUUCAGGAAGGCCAUGUCCAAGUACUUCCUCACCGUCCCUGAUCAAUGGACCUCUUAACAACUACUCUUAGCGAUUAACUAGAUCACCAGAGGCGUUGUGGCAGUAGCGAAUGUUGUGGUGAGGAUCAGCUGAUUCAUUUUGUACACAGUUGUGGCAAUUGGGCUGUAGGCAUAGAUAGGAUCACCCUCUCCCUGGAUACCAAGCAUGCUAAUUGCAGUGUCCAGCCAAAGAUAGGAGGCGUGAUCGUUGUACAUUGUGACCAACAUAGUUACAAAAAAAGUUAUCAUAUAAUGCAGAGGAAGGUACUUCUGCUACAUUAGGUUGUAUGCUACUACCCCAAAGUAGGCAAGUAUACAAAUAAGUGCAUUCGUCGGCACACUUGCAUAUCCUCUGGAUUGAUUUUUGCAUUGAUGAGUCCCAAUUGGGUUUUGGUGAUUAAUAAUAACUAGUCGUGAA